UAAAUAGUCAAAAAAAAUUGUCGUCGCAAAUAAACGUCCAGGAAAUGACGCGCCAAAUUUAUGCGUAUAAUUGAAUUGCCUCUGACUGUUCGCAAACAACUCCAUUCAGACAAGCGAAAUAAUCACACAUAUUAAAAAUCGGCCGGUUCGAAACCACCAAGUCAUCAUCUCGAGAUACGUGCAGUCUAAAGAUUAUAAGAUAGAAACUUGUGCGCAUAGUAUCAUUUACGAAUCAAUAAGUGCGAUCACACCAGCUCGCGAGCUCCGAAAACAUUAACGUCAGAUAACAUGAGCAACGCGGACCAUCUACGUAAACGAAAGCUCAAGGAGCAGCACAAUGGCAAAUCGGUGUCGCCGCGGAACAAAAAACGACAGGCACAGCCGGACAUCAAUCUGCACCGGUCGUUGUUGUGUCUUAUUAUGAGCGGAACCAUCCUGACUUUGUUUGUCGUGUUGUAUGUGGACCAGAUACCAUGGUACAUUGGUCAUCGAGCAAUAGACCACAUUGCCAAGAAGUUUGGGUACAACAAACCAGCCUAUGUAGUUGUCAUAGAUGCUGGAAGUACUGGUUCAAGAGUUCUGGCUUUCAGUUUCCAUGAAGCUUAUAUGGGUGGACAUUUGGUACUUGACAAGGAAUUGUUUAGGUACACAAAACCAGGACUAUCUUCAUUUGCUAAUGAACCAGACAAGGGAGUUGCGACAAUCGAAAAUUUGUUGGAACAAGCAAAAGACGAAAUUCCCCAAGAAUACUGGUCACAAACUCCGUUAAUAUUGAGAGCCACGGCCGGCCUUCGUUUAUUGCCCGCCGCAAAGGCCGAAAAUCUUCUUAAUUCGGUUAAGGCAUUGUUUAAACGCAUGCCCUUUUUAACAAACGAGAAUUCUGUGGAGAUUAUGGAUGGAACAGAUGAAGGAAUUAUGUCUUGGUUCACUGUCAACUUUCUUUCAGAAAAAUUCAGUGGAAACCCAGCGAAUACUGUGGCAGCUCUCGAUUUAGGGGGCGGCUCAACACAAGUGACAUUCGCAGCCACCACCCCGGCCAGCCUCAAAGAAAUAGACAAAAUUCACAAUGCCUUAACACCCAAAGGGGAAAUUUCCGUGUACACCCACAGCUACUUGGGCUUGGGUCUGAUGGCUGCUCGUAAGGAAAUCCUAACGGUGGGCCAAGAGGGCAACACGUCGGUGAUCAGCGAAUGCGUCAAUCCCAUAAUCAAAAACCGCAAAUGGACGUACGGAGGAACCGACUACCUCGUCAGCGGUCUCCAGUCCGGGUAUCCCACAUCCAAGGUGCUAGGUGGGCAGUUCUUGACCGCCGAAGAGGUGCCCAUCGUUAAUUUCGAUAAAUGUUCCGGUAUUAUCAGGAAGUACGUCGAGAGUAGAGCGCAGCCUCCCGAAGAGUUGCCAUUGAAGACCAUUUUUGCCUUCAGUUAUUAUUUCGAUCGUGCCACAGAAGUCGGAUUAAUCGAUGAAUCAACUGGUGGUAGAAUACAAGUUGGAGACUUCAAAAAAGCUGCGGAAGAAUCUUGCCAUACAGCAAACGCAGAUCAACCUUUCAUGUGCCUAGAUCUGACUUUCAUUUGGGUCCUAUUGGAAAAAGGAUUUGGAUUGAAGUCUGAAAGCAGUAUUUAUUUAUACAAGAAAAUAAACGGACACGAGAUCAGUUGGGCCUUGGGUGCCGGUUACAACCUGCUGCGUGGCCACACAAUGGGCCACUGAAACCACCAUCACACCCUUGUAAAUAAUCUAUGUGUUCUUUAAUUCCAUAACGAUAUAUGCUUAAUUGUUGUCAGGAGCACCAAAAUUUAAUUAAGGCCUUCUAGUCAUAGUCACAAAUAAUUUGAAAAUUAUGCGUCAUUCGGGGGUUUAAGGUUGAUAUAGUAAAGUUGGUUCAACUUGAAUAGCAUUCCGUUUUGUUUAGUGAACGCACAUCGCUGUUGCAAAUUACGCCAAAAAUCAUUCACUUAGUUUUAGUCUUCUCAAACAUUUUUCUGACAAAUUUAAGUUUCUUUAUAAAUUAUUUAUUUAUGAAUUGUUAAUGGUGUUUGGGAAUACUCAAUAAUAAUAGUUUAAGGCCAGUACAAAUUAUCAUCAAUUAACUGUUAUUUAUUUGCCCUAAAUAUAUUGUUAUUGUUAAAAUAAAUAUAUAUUGAGUGAUAGUAUAUAAAAAACGACUAAUUAAAAUUAUGUGAAUGUGCCUUAUUACAUCGUAAAUUUUGUAUGUAUGUAGGUGUGUGCAAAUAGGCUGUGCAUUUUCAAUUCCAUUAUACAUUUUAGUUUUUGUAUUUUUUAACAUGACGUUAAAAUAAAUAAACUUUCUCAACUUUCA